GGAAAGAGAUCAAGUUGCAUUAUCACAUUUGAUGGUAGGUGGCGGUGUGACUUACCAAGCUUGUUUAAUAGCAGAAGUAAAAGGAAGAGCGAAACACACCACACGGAUGUCAAAACUUUAUCACUUCUAGUCUGCAGUUCUAUCGCUUCGGUGGAAUUACUGCUUGGCACUGUGUGAUAAAGACGCAAUCCGGAAAGCAGAGUGGUACAUGUUUUCUGAGAAUCCCUCAACACGUUUGUGAUGCAGAUUCUGUUAAAUUGAGACCACUUUCUCUCCAUGGAUGUGAUAAACAAUUGUCUCUGAGGACUUGAAUACACAACACAAGUCAGCCAUAGAGAGGUCAUUCGUAAAUAAAUGAGAUUUUAAUGCAGUGAUUGUUCAUGUCAUCACAACGAACAAGUGAUAAUUGGAGCAUACCUGUACAUGUAUUUGUGUCUGCUGUAACCCAAAUUUUUUGGAUGAUCAUCUCAUUAGCAGUUUCACAGAUAGAGUUGAAAGCUGACUUAUUGGAGAACGGGUGUGACUAUAGCAAUAGCUGCAAACAUGGAGACCACACCAGAAUUGGACUACAGUCUCCUGAUGGACGACCUACCUGAAAAUGGAACACAGCGGGUCAUUUCGGUAUAUGAGCUGUAUGGAUACUUCAACGUCGUUAUCGUGUCAACCAUAUUUUGCGUGAUUGCUUUUCUGGGACUUACCGGAAAUACCAUGGUUUUCAUCGCUGUUGGUUUAUCGCGUAAACUCCACAACAUCACCAACGCGUUCAUUGUUAACCUGAGCAUCUGUGACUUUCUGUCCUGUACCAUCCUGCCCUUUCAUGCGGUUGCCGUGAUCGCGGAGGACGGGUGGCCCCUUGCAGACUGGUUCUGUUCCUUCAUCGCGUCCCUGUCCAUCAUCACUCAAACCAGUGGCAUCUUGAACCUGACCAUGAUCAGCCUUAACAGGUACGUCUUGAUCACCAAGCCUCGGAAGCUCUACAUGAGGGUGUACACCCACAAGAAGGUAGCCUGGAUGAUCGCCUUCACGUGGCUCUUCCCUUUUCUCUUCCUGCUUGUGCCACAGUUCUUUCUGAGUGGGUUGGGUUACCAGGACUUCUUCAGGAUCUGCAUCUGGAACUCACGCCACAAGCUGGCUCUCGUCUUCCAGGGUAUCGGUGCCCUCGCUUUCAUCAUCUCCACCAUCCUCAUCAUCUUCUCCUACGUCUCCAUCUACCGUUUCAUCCGAAGGCACAUGCGCAUGAUGGCCAACAAGGAAGGUGGCAACGACCCUGCAGCAUCGGUCGAGAUCGUCGAGGAGGAAAGCGCCCUCAACGAUAACAAAAUUGGCACCUCCACCAAAUCACAUAGAUCGACGAAGAAGAAGACCAUCAGUAGGAAACAAAUUGAAAUCACUAAGAACCUUUGUCUGGUGGUCGUGAGUUUCUUCAUCUGCGUCUUGCCCUACACAAUCCACCUUCCCACAGGGAUCUAUGACAUGAGAGGGACCUACCUAGCCCUCCUAUUCAUGUCCCACGCUUGCAUAAAUCCUAUUCUUUACGCGGCAAAGCAUCCGCAUUUCAAGGUCAUCUUCAGUUGCAUGUUCCGAUGCAAGUACUCAGAGAUACCCAUGCCUACUAUGGGAGUGAAGAAAUUGUUUCGCCGUGCGACAUCAGCAUCAACAUACAGCAGCACUGACGGUAGAUAUGCCUGAGUGAUGUAGCUGCUGAAACAAACUGCUUGCAUCUUGAAGUUUUCUAAUUUAGAGUUGUAGAGAUUUUAUGAACAUGACAAGGAUCAUGGAUGUAUUAGCUGAUCUACUAGCAGCUACAUGACAUUCCAUAUAGCCAAUAUGCGUACAAGAACCAGGUGGUUCCUCUACAAAGUCCAAAGAAUUACAAAAGUCAGCAAUCAAUGCCUUUAAGAAUUCAUAACCUAAGAGAGUUUGAACAGUUUUACUCAUUUUAACACAAAAGCAGCUAGGAACUAAACAAAAUGAUAAACAGCAGUUAGAGUGCUUCAGAUAUUUGAGUCAAACACCAUUUACUGAACAUACUACCUAAUAUUCAUCAUUUCUUUGUCAGGAAUAUUGCUUUGGUUAAUUUUCUUUCUCAGGACACCAAAUCAGUUACUCUUCUAAAGAUCAGAGCUGUCUCUCAUUUUCCUUCUUAUAAUGAGAACAUUUUCAGUGUAAAUAUCAAUAAAUACAAGUUUUAAGGAAGAAAUCAAAUAAUUAGUUGUUGGUAUAUGGUCUCCAUUAAUAAUGAAAAGUACCUGCCUUGCGACAAAAUACUGUCAGUGUCUUAGCUGUUGAAUAUGAUUGAUAUUGGUAUAAUAUGUGUCUUUUAAGAGACCCAAGUCUGAGCAAUUAUUUUCUUUCAUAAUUUUUUUGGUGAAAAUGUCAAAAGGUGCCAAAAAGUGUCAAUUGACUGAGUACUAUUGUGAAUUCACUGGUAAUCUUCAUAUUGAUGUCUAAAAUGUUUUGGAUUGAUAUUUAAUCACAGCCCUCAGUACCUACAAAAGUUUUUUAAUUACACCACACCAACAAAAAUCUUGAAAUGUACUGAUAAAUAGAAUAUGGAUAUUAAUUUGUUGCAUCAUCUGCUAAGAGAGAGAUGUUCACUCAUAUAUCCUUCCUUCUCUCAACAUACAAAAUUGUCUGUAUAUUGUCAGUACUAUUUAAA